GGAUAUUGCCAAACGCGCUUUCUCAAACAUUCCUCUUACCGUGGAGAAGUGGCUCACGGGCCGCCAUAUCCGAGCUAUUCUGGACACAGAGUGGACGUUAAUGUGUUAAACUGAGGAGAUAUCAUUACUGAGGAGGGUCGCGAUGCGGCGGGAGCGGCUGUAGAAAUGGGUCGAUUGUCCCUCAUUUUCCUGCUGGCUUUACUUCGGGCAGCUGAAUGUGCCGUAAUAUCAAACAAGGACCCUUUAGAAUCCUGCCAGGACUUUGGCUUGGCAUUUGAGCGUAUUUUCGCUCUUCCCGGUGAAGCGUCUGUACUGGAGUGUCCGCUGGCAAUCGACUAUCUCUUCGAUCCUGAAGAAACAUCAUAUAAUGUGAGCUGGUACAAUGUGAAGACCGGCUCUGAGAUCACAGCGGUGGAGCACAGCGUCAUCCUGAAGGAAAACUCACUGUGGUUCUUCAACGUCAGCAAACAACAUCAGGGAAAAUACAGAUGUGUUGUGCGGACCUCCAGCAAAUGCUUCAAACAGGUGACGAUGCUGAUAGUGAGUGAGAUGACCUCGGAAACCUGUGAGAGACCGCAGAGAAGUAUCCAGAAUAUUGAAGCUCGUGUGAAUGAUCUCCUGGCGUGUCCUUUGAGGAGAUAUCUGAAGACUGUGGACAGGCCAGUCAUACAGUGGUACAAGAACUGUGAGCUCAUUCAUGAAAAUGAGAAGUUUUCUCCUAAUAGAGAAUUUCUUCACAUACGCAAAGUACACGAAGACGACGCUGGAUUUUACACCUGCAAAAUGAGCUUCAGUUUAGCUGGAGUCGCUGGAGAAAUGGCUGAAACUAUCGAGUGUGAAGUGCAGGAUGAAUAUUUAAAGAAACCACAAGUGAUCGAGCCCGUAAAUGAGAUCAUCAGAGUGGAAGAGGGUUCAUCGUUCAGCAAGGAUUGUGUUGUGGUUAUGCUGGGUAAAGGCAUUCCUCUGAUUGAAGUGCUGUGGAAAGUCCUCGUAGACGAAGAAGAAGCGUUUGUCACCCAAAACAUGUCGCAUCGCAUUCAUCAGAAACCCAGAAACGAGAGCAUGACUGCAGAUGGCUUUGUGUUUGUGCGAACCCUGUCGGUGUCUCAUGUGUCGGAAGAGGAUUUCUAUCUGAACUUUACCUGUUUGGUGUCCAGCAGUCGAGGACAUCUGACCAGCCAGUUCAUGCUUAUCCCGCAAGAUCCGGAUCUGCUUUUGUUUGUGGGUCUCCUCCUGGGUUUGCUGGCUCUGUUCUUCACCAGCUCAGUGUUUCUGUGCUUCGUCUUUAAGGUGGAGCUGGUCUUGUGGGUCAGGACUGCGUUUCCAUUUCUCUACAAAACCACAGAUGGUGAUGGUAAGCAGUAUGACGCAUAUAUCGCCUAUCCUAGAGUCCUGGAGGGCUCCAGUGAAAAGGCGGAGGUUUUUGCCAUGAGCACUUUGCCGCAGAUUUUGGAGAGUCGAUACGGUUAUAAACUCUUCAUUCUGGGCCGGGACGGGCUGCCAGGAGAAGCUGUGGUGGAUGUGGUGCAGGAGGCUCUGAGCCGCUGUCGGCGUCUCCUGCUCCUCUACACGGCCUCUUCUCUCAGCAGUCCCGAAGCACAGGAGUGGACGGAGCAGCAGACGGGCCUCCACCGCGCACUCGUGGAUCACUCCAUGAGCAUCGUCCUGCUGGAGCUGGAGGAGAUCCGGGACCCGCUGUGCCUGCCGCUCGCCAUACGCCUCCUGAAGGACAAACAAGGCGUUCUGCAAGCCUGGAAGAGAAGGAGGAGGUGGGGGUGGACAUCUCGGGAUUGGGACUCGGAGGAGCGGACCGGUUCUCUGCAGCCAUCGGAACGCUUCUGGAGGGAGGUGCGAUUCCACAUGCCCAUCAGAGGAAAAGCCAAAGACAGAAACUGGUUCAGCUUUUAGAUUAACACUGGAUGCAGAUGCUGUACUCGAGGGUAACAGUCUGGAGGUGGAGGGUAAAAAGACACUUUUCAGGAUACGUUAGGUUAAUCUCAGUGGGACGCUCACUUCUUCAGAAUUUAUUAAGAAAACAACUGCUCAUAAAUGCAAUAUUGCACUCUUCAAGAUUAUAGAAGACACGAAACACGUCACUCGUAAAGUUUUAAAUGGGGCAAAGUGUAACAGUCAAAAUAGCAAAAUGAAGCCGCGCCCUCUAAUGCAGGAGCCAAUCAGAGACAGACGGAUCUCAGGGGGAGUGGCUCUGACCAGUCAUGAGUUGUGUGAUUCGAGCUUUUAUGAAUGAAACUAAACAGACAGUUGUUGUUUAAUUUGAUUGGUGAUUCCUGAUAUGAAAGUUAAUAGUAAGCUUGGCAAGCAGUUUAGGAGAGCUUGAUGUCUCCCCAUUCAAACAUGCUGCCCGAGAGGUAUUUCAGAGAUGGCCACCGAGUGAGAUGAUUUGUCUUAAAGGGACUUUGACUUAUUUCUCUCUCUUUUUUAUUGUGCAAAUUAAGCGUUUGGCUUUUCCUCUGAUGAACACGUGGAAGCUAAAGACAGAAACUGGUUCAGCUUCUAGAUUAACACUGGAUGCUGAUGCUGUACUCAGGGUUCAUAUUCUGGAGGUGGAGGGACAAUACACUUUUCAGGAGACGUUAGGUUAAUCUCAGUGAGACGCCCACUUCUUCAGCAGAAUUUAUAAGGCAAAAAACUGCUCAUAAAUGCAAUAUUGCACUCUUUCAAAGAUUAUAGAAGACAUGAAACAUGUAAUUUGUAUAGUGUUAAAUGGGGAAAAGUGUAACAGUUAAUAUGGAACUAUGAAGCCGCGCCCUCUAAUGCAGGAGCCAAUCAGAGACAGACGAUUCUCAGGGGGAGUGGCUCUGACCAGUCAUGAGUUGUGUGAUUCGAGCUUUUAUGAAUGAAACUAAACAGACAGUUGUUGUUUAAUUUGAUUGGUGAUUCCUGAUAUGAAAGUUAAUAGUAAGCUUGCCAAGCAGUUUAGGAGAGCUUGAUGUCUUCCCAUUCAAACAUGCUGCCCGAGAGGUAUUUCAGAGAUGGCCACCGAGUGAGAUGACUUGCCUUAAAGGGACUUUGACUUAUUUCUCUCUCUUUAUUAUUGUGCAAAUUAAGUGUUUAGCUUCCAUAUGCCCAUCAGAGGAAAAGCCAAAGACAGAAACUGGUUCAGCUUCUAGAUUAACACUGGAUGCAGAUGCUGUACUCGGGGGGUAACAGUCUGGAGGUAGAGGGAAAAAAGACACUUUUCAGGAGAUGUUAGGUUAAUCUCAGUGGGACGCUCACUUCUUCAGAAUUUAUUAAGUAAACAACUGCUCAUAAAUGCAAUAUUGCACUCUUUCAAAGAUGAUAGAAGACACAAAACGUGUAAUUCGUAUAGUGUUAAAUAGGAAAAAGUGUGAGUUAAUAUGAAACUAUGAAGCCGCACCCUCUAAUGCAGGAGCCAAUCAGAGACAGAUGAUUCUCAGGGGGAGUGGCUAGAACCAGAAGUGAGUUUCUGCUGAUUUUAUGGUUUCAUUCAUAGAUGCUGGAAUCACACAGAGACAGUUGUUGUUUAAUUUUAUUGGUGUUUCCUGAAAUGAAAGCAGUUUAGGAGAGUUUGAUGUCUUCCCAUUUCAAAGAUGCCACCGAGUGAGAUGACUUGCCUUAAAGGGUCUUUGACUCUUUUUCUCUCUUUAUUAUUGUGCAAAUUAAGUGUUUAGCUUCCACAUGCCAUCAGAGGAAAAGCCAAAGACAGAAACUGGUUCAGCUUCUAGAUUAACACUGGAAUAACAAAAAGACACUUUUCAGGAGACGUUAGGUUAAUCUCAGUGGGACGCCCACUUCUUCAGCAGAAUUUCUUUCAGAAGUUUAAAUACAUAAAUGCAGCAUUGACUUUUUUUUUAUGAGACAAAUCCUCCAAUAUUGCAUUUUCAAAUUUAUUAACAACUUUAAAGAAGACAUUGUUCAGGAGAUGUUAGGUUUGUCUUAAUUCAAGUCAUCUUUAUUUUUAUAGCGCUUUUAUGAUGAAAUUUGUUAAAGCAGCUUAACAUAGAAGUUCUAGUAAAUUGAAACGGCUUCAGUUCAGUUGUCACAGUUGAAGCUGAGUUUAGUUCAGAUCAGUGUAAUGUGAUGUUAAUGGGCCGCCCACUUUAGCUGAGUUUAUUUCAGAUUUUUAGCUGAGUUUAUUUCAGAUUUUUAGCAGAAUUUAUUUCAGAUUUUAGCAGAAUUUAUUUCAGAUUUCAGCAGAAUUUAUUUCAGAUUUUAGCAGAAUUUAUUUCAGAUUUUAGCAGAAUUUAUUUCAGAUUUUAGCAGAAUUUAUUUCAGAUUUUAGCAGAAUUUAUUUUAGAUUUUAGCAGAAUUUAUUUCAGAAUUCAUUUAGUUAUUAUUAUUAUUAUUAUUAUUAUUAUUAUUAUUAUUAUGAUUCUUUGUAAAACUAUUUUCAAAAAGCAGCUCAUGAAUGCAGCAUAAUUAUCAAUGCUAAUUUGUUAUCAAAAAUACUGUUAUCAGACUCUUUAAAGGGAUAUUUCAGCCAAUUUAUGAAAUUGUCAUCAUUUACUCCAGCUGUUCUUCUACUUUAUUUUUCUUUCUUUUGCUGAACCCAAAAGCAGAUAUUUUCCAGACUGUAUAAAACUGGUUGCAAUUGACUUCCAUUGUAUUUGUUUUUCCUUCUACUGAUGGCAGUGCUUUCCUUUUACUGAUGGCAAUAUUUGCUGCAUGAAUGCAGAAUUGCACUCUUUACCCUCUCUUUUUUUAAAGAGACUAAUCCUCAAACAAUGCAUGUUCAAAUAUAUAAAUAAAUAAUUUUUUUUUAAACAUUUCAGGAGAUGUUAAAGGGAUAGUUCACUCAAAAAUGACAAUUCUGUCAUUAUUACUCAUCCUUCACGUGUUUUAAGCCCGUUUGACCUUCUAUAUUCUGCUCAACACAAAAGAUAUUAUUUUGUAGAAAGCUGAAAACCU